AUGUCAUCACAAAACACUGGUGGACAGCGAGCAUUCGCUUUGAAACGAAAUAAAAUGACUGCAGCUGAUGUACGUCGACAUAUUAUGAUGGGAAGUUUGCUAUUGCAUCCACAGAAUGCUAUGCAAAUGGAUUCAAUAGAUAGUAGUACUCCUCAAACUAUUAAUUUAAUUGAAAUAGCUGAACCGCUGGAUGUGGAAGAUAUUUUAUCACAACGAAAAAGCAAUUCAUCUGUACAUGAGCAUAUUUCUAGUAACAGUAAUUUGAGAAGAGUAGCAGAAUUUCCGGUCGAUGAUAUUGAAGUACGUUUGGUACAUCGAGAUCAACUGACGGUUGAAUCACCGAUUCCAUCAAAUCUUUCAGGUGUCGAUUCACUUGUAAAUGAUAUAAUACAAACAUACAACGAUAGCUUUUCGCUAGUACAACGAAAAUAUCUUCAAUAUUCAAGCGGUGAAGCAUAUAUUCGAUUACUAAUGGAACGGCCAAUUAUUGCUCAGACUACUCCAAAACAAAUUUUUGAAGUGGAUUCAGAGCGACCUAUCGGACGAAGUGUUAGCACGGCAGGCGAGGAUCAGAUUGCAAAACGUGAUUCAUUCGGUUCACACUAUUCAUCCGAUUCAAUGUGUACUGUUGGUUCAUCAUCCGGUGGAACAAAUCGUGAUGAUAUUUUACGUGCACCUCAUCAGCUUCAUUCUUCUGCCAGUGACCCUACAGUGCCCGGUGUAGUGCAACGUAUUUCAAAUACACAACUUGAUCAAAUUAAUGAAGCUCGAAGACGAGCCCAUCGGCAAAAUGCAUUAAUUAGCUUACUUCCACCUCAGUCUGAAGCUGAUGUAAUUGAACGUCGAAGUCCAGCACCAUUCCCGGUUGAGCAUACCGGUCAGAAACUUUUUAUCAAAGUUUUGAAGUUACAACUUGAACCUUCGUUUGAACCCGUUUUUGGUACUAUUGUACUUUACGAUUUGAAAGAAAGACGAAAGAUAUCAGAGAAUUUCUAUUUUGAUUUAAAUGAUGAUUCACUUCGUGCAAUGAUUUCGCAGCACGCUGAUUGCGUGGAUGAUGCAAGUAAAUGUACACAAGCAGUUUUCAGUAUAAGUCAACCACUAAACGAUAUAUUUAUUGUGAUCAAGCUUGAAAAAGUAUUACAACCAUGCGAGGUAGCAGAUGCAUGUGAACCAUAUGUGAAAGAAGAUAAAAAUAAAGAACGAUUAAUGCAAAUGGCACAACAAUAUUGUGAACGACUUGGUGCUUUUCGAAUGCCACUUGGAUGGUUUGCUAUUGACCUGAAUCAAAUCCUUAAUGGAUCAUAUCAUCCGGAUAAGACUGAACCGACAAUGAUUGCGAGCUCUGUUUCCGGACAGGAUAUAACACCAGCUUCACCAACAACAUUAUUCGAUGUAGAAAGCAUUAUCAGUAUGGAUCGAAUAUCAACCUCAACAUCGGGAACAUUUCGCCGCGUAGGUAGCGGAACUUCAUCCGGUGCAGUCUUUAUAGGAGCGCAGCAAUCCCAAAAAAAUCGUACACCAUUGCAAAAACGUAAACUUUUCGGAGGACUUCAUCAAACUGUCUCUCAAAAUGAUGCAACUACAACAGGAUCAGGUCUCGAAACUGAUUCAUUAUUGAAAGAUGGCGGAUCUCCGUUGACUUCCUUAAGUAAUCUGCAACCUCUGCUCCUCAGUCUUAAUUCGUUCUUCAGACAGGAAGCAGAACGUCUAACCGAUGAGGAUCUCUGCAAAAUGCUUGCGGAUUGUCGAAAAGGUGGUUCCAAAUUAGCUAGACUGAAAACAUUUCCAAUUACAUUCAAAAUGGAACUGUCAGUUUUAUUUGUUUUUCGGCUUACACCUGAACUUCUUCGUAUGCAUCCAUUCGCUUCUGGUAAUCCAGCGGAUAUUGUCAAGGAAAUUGUGGAAUUCCCGAGUAAAGGAAUUUAUGCAGUAAAUGCUAUUUAUAGGAAUCUUCUUUACGUUUAUCCUCGAUCAGUUAAUUUAUCCAGUCGUUCUGGUCCAUCACGUAACAUUGCUAUACAUGUGGAAUUGAUGAAUGCUCAGGAAAAGCCAAUCUAUGCUAUAUUUGGUAAAUCUAGUGGACCAAAUAUCACUUUUUCUGCUGAUACGGCAGUUUCCUAUCACAAUAAAACGCCUACUUUUUGUGAUGAAAUAAAAAUCAAUUUGCCGGUUGACUUAAAUGAUGGCCAUCACUUAUUAUUCACUUUUUUCCACAUUACUUGUAAGGCAAACAAAGUUGGCGAUGAAGUGAAAAUACCCAUAGGUUAUUCAUGGAUUCCUUUACUCAAAGAUGGGCGAUUGCAAACCGGUGAAUUUGCUUUACCGAUUGCAUUAGAACAAUUACCACAAAGUUAUGGGUAUCUUUCACCGGAUGUCAAUUUGCCAAAUGUUAAGUGGCUGGAAGGACACAAACCGCUUUUUGAUAUUAAACUUGAAGCCGUUACAACAGUUCAUACACAGGAUUCCCAUUUGGACAAAUUUCUGCUUGCAUAUCAGUCGUUAAGUAUAAACGAUAAAAAGAAUCCACCGGUAUCGGAAGCUGAUUUAAAGGAUGCAAUACGCAGUGUUAUAAAAGCUCGUCCGGAGCCAAUGGUUGCUUUCCUGUAUGUUAUACUGGAUAAGCUAUUAGCAUUAAUUGCAAAUCCUCCAUAUACCGUAUCUGUGUCGGCCGUAUGUUUUGAAGUGCUUGGACAACUUGUCAAAAUAUGUACCGUUCUCUUGAAUAGCUUCCGUGAUGCCCAUGGUCGUAGUUCACUCCUGACGACCUAUAUACAUUACCACAAAAUUGCUCUGAAAGAGACUUCAAUUGUCCAGUCAAACAACAGUAAGACGGAACCGAAACUGGAGAGUACUGUACGAAUGCCUACUUCACCGGAAAGUAAACAUUUGCUCGAUAUUAUCAAAGAAUUUGAACGAACAAAUUAUAUGAAAGCAUCUGUUGAAGGUGAUUAUGAACUGAAAACACCAAAAAAGAUGAUGCACGAAGAAUUAGCAUUGCAAUGGGUAAUCAGUGGUGGUGCAGCUCGAGAAAUGGCUUUUCUUAAUUCCUGGUUUUUCCUUGAACUCAUGGUUAAAUCAAUGGCAGAACAUUUAUCUCUUUCAAAUCGUUUGUAUUUGCCACGCAAACUUCGUUUUAGUGAAGCUUUCAUCCAAGAUUUGAAUGCUCUUUCUCAGGCUAUUGUCAAUGAGGUGAUUCAAAGAACUUCGAAAGAUCCAAGACAGUCACAAUCAAUCAGUACAUCAUGGGCUUAUUUCUUGCGUGAUUGUUUCUCAUUAAUGGAUAGAACUUUUGUGAUGACAUUGAUCGGAGAAUUUAACCGCGAAGUUGCUAUUAAAAUAGGAAAUUCUACCGAAUCAUGUAUAGUCCCGACUCUCAUGCUGAUUAAACUUGACUUUUUGCGUAUUAUUGCUUCUCAUGAGCAUUUUGUUGUGUUGAAUUUACCAUUUGGUUCGAGUAAUCUGCAGGGUAUGUCAACAAGCCAUUCUGGUGGAUCAUUUCAUUCAGCAGCAUCGGCAUUUUCGUCUAGUUCGGAAGGUAGCGUUAAUUUAUCAGUUUCCUUACAUCAUUCUUCUUCACAAAUUCAACCAUCUAGUCCGGGAAAUUCAAGUAUUAGUAGUAGUAGCCAAGCAAAUGAAUCACAUAGUGCAAUUGGAUCAGCAGAACUAACUGCUGAGUUUCGUUCUCGACACUUUCUAAUUGGGCUUGCUCUUGCUGACCUUGCUUCUGUUCUUGAUACAUCAAAUACACUGCUUCAUUCACGUGCUAUAGGCCUUAUUCGUAAUUUGCUAAGUAGCCAUGAAUUGGAUGCUCGACUUCUUGAUAAUGCGGUAAAAGCACGAAUAGCAUCUUUAUAUUUACCAAUGAUUGGUAUUGUUUUGGAUGCGUCAACUCAAUUACACGAUCCUUACUCGAAAUCUUCCAAUGUUAACUAUGACAUUUCCACGCCAAUUUCUAAUGGUUACACGACCGAAAUGGAUAAUGGACCAUUUAUUAGCGAUAAAGUUAUGCUUGCAAUUGGUGGAAUGAAUUUUUCACCACCAUGUUCACCUCGAACCGAACGAAAACAUAUUGGUUUAGUCCGACCAUCAAUUUCAUUGGAAAAUACACGUCAACUAUUAGCAUGUUUCUGUUGGGCGUUAAAAAAUAUGGAACGAUCAUCUUUGCGUCAAUGGAUUCGCGAUUUGUCAUCUCAUCGAAUUUUACAGUUUCUUGAUGUUCUACAACUUGCUGUUUCAUGUUUCGAAUUCAGAUCAUCUUUCUGUCCUAAUCAAGGUAUCACUGAGAUUACAGAGGAAAUAAAGAACGAAGGUAGUAAUGUUGACGAUUCAUCAGUUAAAGAACUUAGCCGGAAAAAAUCACGUAGUGCAGCUGAUUCUGAAAGUGGAAUUCGUUGGCGUAAAGAAACUAAAGAUUCACAAGUAAAAGGUUCUUGGAAAAGUUGCACAGGUAGUAGCGGUGGACACUCAAGCGAUGAACCUAUCCAAACUGAUGAAGAUGUUAUCCUUGAAGCAACUCUUUGCACCGAGAUACCAUUAAUAGUGCUGGAUACGUUAGAAUUAAUCAUACGUGUGGUGUCGGUUCUCGGUUCUGAUUAUCUCUUUUAUGUGUUAUCAUCUGUAUUAAAAGUGUUGAUGCAUAUUCUUGCUUGCAAUCAAUCAGUGCAAACUUUGGAAAAUGUUUUUGCAAGUCAGCGUGCAAUAGUUACAAAGUUUCCAGAUUUAUUAUUUGAACAGGAAACUGAACAGUGUGGUGAAUUAUGCCUUCAUCUAUUAAGACACUGUGCAUCUCGUUUACCAGCUGUUCGUUCUCAGGCUGCAGCUUCGCUAUAUUUAUUGAUGAGACAAAGCUUCGAAUCAGGUGCAAGUUUCUCAAAAGUUAAGAUGCAAAUUACGAUGUCGUUGAGUACACUGGUUUCUACGGGUACCAAAUAUGGUGAUUGGAUAAAUGAAGAUUGUUUACGUCACAGUUUAAAAACUGUGCUAACAUAUUCAGAAACAGAUGCAUCAAUUGAUUCUCAGCUACGAAAUACAACUUUUUCGGAGCAGGUGAAAGAUCUAGUUUUCAAUUUACAUAUGAUAUUAUCGGAUACAGUAAAAAUGAAAGAAUAUACAAAUGAUUUUGAAAUGUUAAUUGAUUUGAUGUAUCGUGUCGCUAAAGGAUACCAGAACAAUCCAGAUCUUAGAUUGACAUGGUUGAUAAAUAUGGCAAAUAAGCAUGCAGCUCGAGAUAAUGCAGCAGAAGCUGCACAAUGUAUGUUACAUGCAGCUGCUUUAGCUGCUGAAUAUAUUUCGAUGCGUGAAUAUGACGUAUAUGUACCUAAAGGUGCUGCUGCUUUCGAAGCCAUAAGUGAUAAUAUUCUCGAGGAAAGUGCUGUUUCGGAUGAUGUUAUUAGUCCUGAUGAAGAAGGUAUUUGUGAAAGUCGUCAUUUUACACGAAAUGGCUUAGUACAUUUGGUGGAGAAGACGGCACAGUUUAUGGAGAAAGCUCAAAUGUAUGAAUCAAUGAUACAACUGUAUAAGGUAAUAACACCAAUUUUGGAAGAAAAUCGUGAUUAUCGGCAUUUGGCACAAGUACAUAGUUGCCUAAGUCAAGCUCUUUCACGUAUUGAGCCAACUGUACCGCUAAUUGAAGAUAUCGCCGAUGCAUGGUAUUCACCUUUACCAAGUGCUGACAAACGUUGUUUUGGCACCUAUUUUCGGGUAGGUUUUUAUGGCAGUCGUUUUGGAGAUUUGGACGGUGUCGAAUUCAUCUACAAAGAACCGGCCAUUACAAAAUUAUCCGAAAUCAGUCAUCGUUUGGAUACAUUUUAUACAGAUCGUUUUGGAAAAGGAGUUUUGGAAGUUAUUAAAGAUUCAAAUACUGUUGAUCGAAAUCGUUUGGAUUCUACAAAAGCUUAUUUGCAAAUCACAUAUGUGGAGCCGUAUUUGGAGAAUUGGGAACGUCGUCGUCGUCCAACUCAUUUCGAGAGGAAUCACAGAUUAUAUCGAUUCGUUUAUGCGACACCGUUCACGAAAGAUGGUCGAGCUCAUGGUGAUUUGAAGGAUCAAUACAAAAGACGAACUGUCCUAGCCACGCAGUAUUGUUUCCCUUAUGUGAAAACACGUCUUCGGGUGGUGAGUCGUGAACAAAUCAUUUUGACGCCAAUAGAAGUUGCAAUUGAAGAUGUCCAAAAACGAACUCGUGAAUUAGCCGCUGCUACUGUGCAAGACCCACCAGAUGCUAAAAUGCUUCAAAUGGUACUGCAAGGUUGCAUUGGUACCACUGUCAACCAAGGUCCUAUAGAAGUUGCCAACGUGUUCCUUACAAAUAUGAUUUUGGAUGAACAUGGCAAGCCGAUGGAUAAAUUCCAGAAUAAGCUUCGCUUAUGUUUUAAAGACUUCUCAAAAAAAUGUGCUGAUGCUCUUCAAAAGAACAGAAAGCUUAUCCAAGCUGAUCAACAAGCUUAUCAGAAUGAACUGCAAAAAAAUUAUAUCGAAUUUACGAAACGAAUGGCACCAAUUGUUGGCAUUCGUAAAACUAAGUGUUCCGAAGCGCAUACUCUAAAAGCUGUACAUGCAGCUGCUGUUGCUGCGGAACUUGGACCGGUUACUGCAGUGUGA